CUGCUGCGGUUUCAGGAUGGGUGCAUGACAGGCAGCGUCUGAUAGAGUUACGUUACCGGAGAAAGCUGCUACAUUACCGCCACAAAACACCGUUCCACCCCCACCAAUCACGCAGAAUGCAGUUUAACAGGUUUUACACAUGAAUACAGUUGCCACAAGUGCGGAGUUUAUUGAAACCCGGCAGAAAUGCAGCAAGAGCGCAGUUCUUCCCCCGACAGGCCUUUGGAUCCUGGGUGUCUCCUACCACGAGACGCCGAGUGGAGCGCCGACCGACUCGGGAGCGCGGUUGUGGAUUUCCCGGUAGCUGUAGUUCUGCCCGCAGGAGGCUCCGGGGAGAGGAUGGGACUGACCACACCAAAACAAUUCUGCUCCAUCUUCAACAGACCUCUGAUAAGCUACACCAUUCAAGCAUUUGAGAGGUUACCGUGGAUUGUAAUGGUUGUUGUCGUGGUUGCUCAGGAGAAUCAUGACUUGAUGCUGAAUAUUGUCCGAAAAUUUAAUCACACAAAGGUAAAAGUUGUCCACGGGGGAACUACCAGACACCGAUCCAUCUACAAUGGUCUUCAGGCCUUCAGCAACUCUACAGACUCAUCGACACCCAAACCAAAGGUGGUCAUCAUACAUGAUGCAGUACGGCCAUUUGUGGAAGAAGAUCUUCUGCUGAAAAUCACCCUAGCAGCUAAAGAGCAAGGGGCCUCAGGAGCGAUUCGUCCUCUUGUGUCCACAGUCAUUGCAACCACGUCAGAAAGUUACCUGGACCACUCGCUGGAGAGAGCCAAAUACCGGGCCAGUGAAAUGCCUCAAGGAUUUCUUUAUGACAUUAUUUUCCAAGCCUACCAGCGGUGCAGUGAAUUUGACUUUGAGUUUGGCACCGAGUGUCUACAUUUGGCCCUGCAGUACUGUGGCACGAAUGCCAGGCUCAUAGAGGGACCACCGACUCUGUGGAAAGUAACAUACAAGCGAGAUCUAGCAGCUGCAGAAGCUAUUAUUAAAGAGACUCUUUCAGCGUCAGCCUGUAUCAUUGCAGGAGCUGAAGCAGAAGCUGUUGAGUUGGCCAAAACCCUUCAGAAAAAUCUGAACAUGAUGGAGACAGACGUCAUUCCAUGUGGAAAGGAGAGCAAUGUGGAGUACCUGUCCAAAACCCGAAACUUUAUUCACAUAUCUAUGAGUGGAUCAAACUCCUCUUGGGUCCUGGAAAUGGUGAAAUGUUUUGAAGACAUCGACCACGCUCGUUUAUAUCCAGUAGUUAUUGUUUGGGUACAGCUGAGCAUGACAAAGCAGUCGGCUGACAGCCAAGAAACAGACGAGUUCAUGGCUCUGGCCUCUGAAGUCAAACAGCGAAACGUUCUGCUCUAUGGAAUUAAGAUCGAUCACUCAAAGGAGCUGGAGCAGUGGCAGAGAUCACUGGAGAGACUCAGUCAGAUCACGCUCGUCCUCAUCAGAGACAGAAACGGGGUUCUCACGGGACAGAUGCUUCAUGUCUGAAGACCAGCAGAUGCAAACACAGCAGCUCACCAUAUCAGCACUGAAACAACAUCUCAUAGAUAUCCAGCCUUUUCAGUAUGAAAUAACAACAGACUGUGAGUGAUGGUGGUGAGGUC